CUGAAAGUUGUUCUAUGUCUGGCCAUGAUUGUCCCUUCAGCUCUAGCCGACUGCCCAAUAGGAUGGCCUCAGUUUGGCGAUUUAUGCUUUUCCUUCAACCCAGAACCUGUAUCGUGGAUUACAGCAGCUUCCUUUUGCCACACACUCGGUGCUAGGCUAGUGGAAAUCACCAGCAAGGAAAAGCAGGACUGGAUUGCACAGCAGAUGAAAGCUAAACCUUUCUUCACAGAAGCUUGGAUUGGGGGUAGCAGAAGAUAUUCUGACUGGGCAUGGAUGGCUGACUCGAAACCUAUUAAGAGUUACACCAACUGGGCGCCUAAAAAACAAGACAAUAAACAAGGAGCAAACAAAUGUUUAUUAGUGGCAUCACGUUUGGGCUACAAGUGGACUAAUGUGAAUUGUCUGGCUGUAAAAGAGUUCAUUUGUGAGAAAAGAUUGCCUUGGUAA